GCGAAACGAUACCAUUUUGAUUACGCGGCCUGGCCUCGAUCAUCUCAGCUCACGAGCCCAGAAGUCUUCCGUCUAGCGAGCACAACAUGGAGCCCUCGUAUGGCGUCGGUUUAGAGUGUUGGAGCUCACACGUGUACACCCUUACCUGCAAUAUCUGAGCGAGUCUGUAAUGAUACCGACGUUUACAAAGAACGGUUUGCUCUGCUUUUCCUUCUGGCCACCCGUCUAUGCAACCCCACAGGCUGGCUCCGUAGAUGGUUUUCUUUCUUCCAUGUUAUCUGAAACGAUGGGCGAACGCAGGUGGCUGCGAAAACGAAGGGAAGGGAAGUUCAACAAAAGUCAUGGAAGAAUCGCUUGCGAACAUCUUAGGAUGAUUUCCGGAUCUUGGAGGGUCUCACGGCAACCUGGCACAGGCUGCAUUGCGUCUUUUUGCUUGCAUGCAGGAGUUUUCACAUUGGAGGGUGUUUGUGAUGGUUGCGUACGAGUGGAGGAUGUCCGGCACUUGGGCCCCCACUUUUGAUGGGUGCGGUGCUUUCCUAACGCUCGAUGCUUUGCUUACGGACGGUUGUCUGAUGGAAUGUGCAACGCUAGGCGGAUUGGUCGGACUUUGUGGGCAUUAACGGGCGGUUCUGUGUCUGUAUGGGACUACCGGAAAGUGCGUACAUCCGCGUGUUAUGACGCAAGUCCU